CUUUUCCCUCUAUUCAUAACUACUUAUCACAAUAUGGUUCUAUGUGCGAUCUGUAACGAUCAAGAUAGCAAAUACAAAUGUCCAACAUGCAAAGCACCAUAUUGCUCGAUCGCGUGCUUCAAAAAUCACAAGUUAGAACCGUGCCAGCCAGCACCAGCAACGGCACCUACAUCAUCAUCUUUUUCAGCAGGUGGUGAAAGAAAGCAGUUGGCAAUAGAAAAUGCCGAUGAAGACGACCCAAGUCGUUUAACAGAAAACCAGCUUACAUCAAUAGCACAUUCGUCCGACAUAGCGAAAUAUCUUCAGGACCCUCAGUUACGUGACUGGGUCGCACGGAUCGACCGGUCGACUGAGGCCGAGAAAGAGUUAGAAGAUGCACGGGCAGCUGAUCCAAAGCUUGAAGCAUUCAUCCAAUUGCUUCUCAAGACAACGGGUCAUGAGCGUAACACUAAUUGAUUCUUGACAUAAAUAAAAAUAUAAGAUAAAAAACAACAUU